AUGUCUUCCUCCACGGCCUCCAGCUCGCGCUCUUUGAUCCCACCAGAUCUCGCUGCUGUCCAUACGUCCUUCCAGCGCUACAGCCAAGAUGUGCUCAACCAUCAGAUCCCACGCCUGCAAGCUUGCACCAGCGCAUCACUUCUCACGGAUUUUGAAGCUGAAAUCAUCUCCUGCAUCGACGGGCUCAAGCGACAAGUUAACGAUCUCAAGUUUGCAGUAGACGAAGCGGAGUCCCAAGCAGAGCGUCGCGAGAUUUCGUCGCUUGUUGCUGCAGCGAGUCAACAGCUUGAAGAGAUCCGACAAUCGACACGCAAAGCGUUGCUCUCUGCUAGACGCUCGAUCGAAACCGCGCGAACUGCCGAAGCACGCGCAGGUCUCCAACUUGCCGCUGACACUGCCAAGGAACGUACUGGUGGUCGCGCAGGCUCUUCGGGCGAAGACAAGCUCAUGACUGCGUCACAGGACGUCACGGACGCGCUUCGUCGCACCGUAGCGCUCAUGUCUUCCGAACUGGAAAAGUCAGCCAUGUCGUCUCAGCUGCUCGAAGAAUCGUCCCAGACUAUCUCAAGCUUGUCGUUCCAGUAUGGCUCGCUGACAACACUUAUGUCGAACUCGGCGAAAAUGAUCAAGACCAUGGAGCGCGAGGAUCUGAUCGGCAAAGGGAUGGUUGCAGCUGCAUUUUUGUUCUUCUUGGGGUGUGUUGGGUAUAUCGUCUACGUGAGGCUGAUAAGCAAGGGCAUUGGGUUGCUAGGCUUCUUCUUCCGACUCCUUGGGCUCAACAGGCUGCUUGGUGGGAUGGCGAGUAGGACAGCCGAGGACGCAGGCCAGAAGGUGACGCAGUGGAGGGAUGCAACAACAGAGGUGGUGAAUAAGAAGACCAUAGCAGACGUGACGACAGUACUGACUACAGCAGUGGCGUCUGCUGUUGCCGCUGCUGCUGCCGCUGCUGCGCAUACAAGCUCAGUGACGGCUCAAGUCAAGCAAGAAGUGGUGGACCUGCAAGAUGAUCUCGAACAGCUGGUCGAGACAGUCAUGCCGCAAGCUUCAGCAGACGAGGCUAGGGAGGCACCGAAAACUCGAGCCAACACUCUGCCUGUUGAACAUGUCGAAUUGUAA